GUGGCAAGGGCAGAGGGCACAAGCAAGUGAGAUCAGGCAACGUCGCCGCAGCCCCAGAACUCCAGCAAGCCUUGGUCACUGUCCAGAAGCUAACCCUCCGCGUCGCAGCAGAGCAGAGAGACGCGGCCAACAUAUGCACCGAGUUCUGGAUCCCCCCGCGCACAGCCGCAAUUAUUCGAGAAGAUUUCGAGGCUGGACAGGGGUACCACCAGGCUGUAAAGGAAGCGGGAAAAGGACACAAGCUGGGCCCCCCUCGCGUGCACAUAGCGGCGGGGGUGAUCGGGGCGAUGCGCGAGGAGCGCAAGGCAAAACUUCAGUACUCACUCAACAUGAGCCCCGACCUCAGGACGGUGAUCCACCUGGCCACGGGGCCCCCAGCUCAAGUGCCCACGGUCGACAUGAGGUCCUUCCAGAGCGCCUCCACAUUGGGGCUGAUCAAAGGGAACAGCAUUGAGCAGCUGACUGUACUUGCCUGCGCGGACGAGUGCCAUGGCAACCGCGCCAGCAUCUGCGACGGGAGCGACCGCAGCGAAGGCAGCACCAGGUCGCAGGUCCAGAACCAGAAUGAUGACCUGAGCCGUGUGCAUGCUGCGCAGCAGGCACACCUGUCGACGGGCCGCGUUCUGAGGGAUCACUACUCUAUCAUUCUGGGGCAGUGCAGUAUGUUGAACAACCAGCUCAGCUACAUCCAGCUCCAGAGAGACAAUAUCAAGAGCCCAGUUGUGAAUGACACGCACUUGGAGGCAGAUCGCGUCACCACUAGGCGCAACCUAGACAGUCAGAUUAGCUACCUGACAGAUGAGCUGGAGCGUCUGCAUAGUAUCAUCAGGGUGCUUGAUGAGUCAGACUACGGGGUGCAGAGAUUCGACUGGGAGAUCUCAC